CCAUCACGCAGGUGCUCGCCAUAAUGUAUCGGAGGAUCCCACGCACAUUCAUCGGAGGCGACGACACUGCGCGGCAGCAACGUGGGUCGCGCCUUGAAGUUGCGAAGGCAGUGCAAAAUGUCGAGCCGGAGGGUGUUUCUCAGCGUCCCGGAGUGUCAGACGCCUUUUCGUAACCAAGGAUCCAGGGGCGCAAGCUGCGGGACCGUGCCAUCGCCAAUGUCCGAAUCGCACGGAGCGGCCGAUGGCAGCAUGCAGAAGUCUACGAAAUUUUUGCGAGGCGCUGGUGGACAUUGCGUUGACCGACGAAUGCGCUGGUGGCCACCGCAAUGGGCGGGGCAGGCUGUGCGCGGAGGUCAUGCACGUGACGGGAGGGAACGAUUGGUGGCGCAGGGUCUGGUACGCGGUGCCCCUUUCGACCCGCACAGCGCAGCCAAAUCGUCGUCUCCCACAAUUUCGGAUUUCAUUUCAUGGCGAUUGGCCGACCAAUCUGGAGCGUCUUCAGCGAGAGGCUCAGCCCACCCAAUCCACGCCACGGUCGAGGCCUGCGUCAGCGGCCGCUCUCCUCGAGCGCGCCGUCCCCAUCGAAUGCCGUCACCUCGGUUGCCUUCUGACUCAUAGAUCUUCCGAAAUCCUUGCUCCAGCCCUAUAAAGCCGCACUGUCAACAUGCAGCGCCACGCAGCUCCCUGUCCGUUGGGAACUAUCUACUAAGCUGCUCUCUAACCUCUUUCCAAUCACUUGAUCUCAUGGCCACAUACUCCCCUCAU